AUGAAUAUGACCAGCUGGGGGCAAGAUUUUCUGGUAGCCAGAUGGACCUCAUUCCUGCUGCUCAUUUUGCUGAUGCACCUGCCUCAGGUUGUCAACAAGAAUGUGCACAAUGCAAUGGGGCAGCAGCCAAAGCUUCGAAAUGGGUUCAGCAUCCCAGAGAAUAUUGUCAUUGGUGAAUUUGCUUCAUUUCUAAUUCAUAGCCUUGAGGAGAUUCCAUUUAAUACGACUCCAGAUAAGGAAGUACAUUCCGCUAUAAUACACAAUUACUACCAUCAAGUCCUUGCCUUCAUUUUGGCCAUGAAUGAGAUCAACAAUAACGACCACCUCUUGCCUAACACAACAUUAUCAUCCAUCAUCACUCAUACUGUUCUCAAUGAAGCGGGAUCCUGUUCUGGGACCAUGGAACUCCUUUUCCAAAAUCAGGGGAACCCCAUUAACUACAUCUGUGACAAGACAUACAAACUAAUGGCCAUCAUUGGAGGGCUCACCUCUCAUAACUCUAAGCAGAUGCCCCACAUCUUAAAUAUCUAUAAGAUGCCGCAGCUCAGCUAUAAAUCGUUUGACCCUGCCUUGAGUGAUAAAACACAGUUCCCUUCUGUCUAUCGGAUGAUGCCAAAUGAACGUCCUCAGUAUGUUGGGAUUGUUCAGCUGCUUCAGCAUUUUGGAUGGACUUGGAUUGGCCUUAUUAUUUCAGAUGACGACAUUGGAGAAAUACUGUUGAGGACUCUCAUGCCUUGGCUGCACCAGAGCAAUAUCUGUGUGGCUUUUAGGGAAGUUAUUCCAACGCCGAAGGAGACCUGGGAUGAAGCACUGCUAAAAAAUAAGAACUUGGCGAGAAUAAGCAGAGUUCUCUUUUCGGCUGUGACCAAUGUGAUUCUCGUUCAUGGGGAGUCACGGACUAUGGAGAGCUUACGAAUGGUUCUAUUGCUGCAUGAAUUUCGUGAAAGGAAGCCAGAAGAGAGGGUUUGGAUCAUAACAGCUCAGUGGGAUUUCACAACUGUGCUGGAUAAGUUAGCAUUCACACCAAAAACCUUCAAUGGCACCUUGUCCUUCACACGCCACACAAAUUAUAUGGCAAAAUAUGAAGAGUUCCUUGAGACUCUUCACUCCUUCCUGAAACACAUCCGUUUCAACAACAGUGCUGGAGAAGAUUUUUUUUUUGAUGAAAAUGGAGACUGGGCAACAGGAUAUGAUAUCGUCAAUACUGUCACAUUCCCCAACUUGUCCAUACACAGAGUUCGCGUUGGAAGACUUGAUCCAAAAGCUCCUGAAGGAAAGAAGUUCACCAUCAAUGGAAGUGCUGUUGUGUGGAAUCACAAGUUUAACCAGAUCACACCACAAUCUACAUGUGUUGAGAGUUGCCACCCUGGACAAAGCAAGAUGGCACGGCAGGAGGAACAGAUUUGUUGUUAUGAUUGUCCUCAGUGCUCUGAAGGCAUGAUUUCAGCCUUGACAGAUGCAGACCACUGUAACAAGUGCCCUGAGGAUCAACAUCCAAAUAGAAAUCAGGAUGGCUGUAUCGCUAAAACUAUAAGUUUUCUAUCAUAUGGAGAGACCUUGGGAAUAAUUCUGGCUUCAUUUGCACUUUCCCUUUUUCUGAUCACACUUGUGGUGAUGUGGAUCUUCAUUCAACACCAGGAGACUCCCAUUGUCAAGGCCAACAACUGGAACAUCACCUGCACCCUCCUCAUUUCCCUCUUGCUUUGCUUUCUCUGCUCCUUCCUAUUCAUUGGGCAGCCUGGGAAGGUGGCCUGCCUUCUCCGUCAAACAGUGUUUGGGAUUGUCUUCUCCCUGGCAGUUUCUUGUGUGUUGGCUAAAACCAUCACUGUGGUUCUGGCCUUCAUGGCCACCAAGCCAGGAAACAGGAUGAGGAAAUGGGUGGGGAAGAGGCUGGCAGUGUCAGUCAUCAUCCUUUGCACUCUUAUUCAAACUGGCAUCUGUGCACUGUGGUUGGCAACCUCUCCUCCUUUCCCAGAGUUUGACAUGCAUUCACAGACUACCCAAAUCAUUGUGCAGUGCAAUGAAGGAUCAGGCCCCAUGUUUUAUACUGUCCUGGGCUACAUGGGUCUUCUGGCCAUCAUCAGCUUCACUGUGGCUUUUUUGGCCAGGAAGCUACCUGAUACUUUCAAUGAAGCCAAGCUCAUCACCUUCAGCAUGCUGGUCUUCUGCAGUGUUUGGCUGUCCUUUGUCCCCACCUACCUGAGCACCAAAGGAAAAUAUAUGGUGGCUGUGGAGAUCUUCUCUAUCUUGACUUCUAGCUCUGGGUUGCUGGGUUGCAUCUUCUUCCCCAAAUUCUAUAUUAUUAUUCUGAGGCCUGAGCUGAACACCAGGGAUCAGCUUGUGAGAAAAAGAACUGUGAAAUCUGAUAGGUUUCCUCCUUGCUUUUUGUAG